AAGCGCCGCUCAUUCGGGCACGUUGUCAUGAGCUAGUCUACCUGACGCUCCCUCCCCCCUCAUCUCAUCCGUGGUGCUGUCCGAUCCAUACCUUCUUCUUUCCCGGACCAUGUUAUAGCGUCCGAAAUGGACCAUCCGCCAAGGCCAAGACCACCGCUCCGGUCGGGCACGUCGUCCAGCGCCUUGAGCAGGAUCUCGACCGUUUCUGACAUUACGGACUUUGCCAGCUUCUCCCACGACGUGACGGAGAGUCCAACGCAAGAGCGGCCCCCUCUCGCCUCCCUCCAGACCACCGACGUCUCGAGGCAGGCACACGCCGCCCACCCGGGCCGCGGUCCAGCAAAUGAAGGCUACACGUACGCGAGUCCAACGUCGGCCUGGGCCACGUUCACGGGCUACUCGCCCAACGCCGGCUAUUCGCCGGUAGCCUCGACCGACGUGCCAAGGCCCUACAGGCAAGGCCGGAGCCAUGUCCAUACUCAUAGACGCCACGAAGCGAUCCCGGAGGAAGACGGCAUCGACCUGGGCUUGGUCGACUCGGCUGUCCCCGUGGCCGGAAGCGAGGUGGAAAAGCCGACGGCCCGGGUUUCGUCGGUGCCCAUGUUUGACUUGACCAACGCGCUGGGGCCGAGGACGCAGGCCGACGAGGCCUUCAUCAAGGCGCUGCAGGAGCAGGAGGCGCACGGGAAGCUGACGGGCGGCCUUGGCGUCGGCAUCAAGACCGACAUGACCGUGACGGAGUCGGCCCUCCUCGCGGCAAGCUCGAGUCCCGUGUCGGAGCGGCCCCGGCCCCUGAGCCGCACCUUCUCGCGCGUUGCCAGACCGCUGAGCCGGUCCGAGACGGUCAAGCGGCUGGGCCAGAGCGAGGCCAACAGGCGCGGCGAGGUGAUCGAGGUCGUCCUGGAUGGGGACCUGCCGGUGCCCGACUCCAAGGUCGACAUCAGCCUCGUGGCGGGCCACGGCGACCCCGAGAUGGAGGACCACGACCCGGUGCCGUUCAUGAUGAAGCAGACGACGUUCCCGACGCGCAAGGCCACGACGGCCGUGUUCUACCCGCAGCCCAACUGGAAGCCCUUCUCCAUGCGAUGGCCGUAUCUGCUGUUGCUGGUCAUCCUGUCGCUCGGGGGCGCCGCGGGCGUCGAGCUGCUCUACCGCUCCUCGGCGCAGACGCCGCUCGUCAGCUUCCGCGCGCCGUCCGAGAUCCCGGCGGCCGAGUACUUCGCCGUCAAGUUCCUGCCCAUGCUCGUGGCCGUGUCGUACGGCGUGCUGUGGCAGAUCACCAACUUCGACGUCAUGCGGCUCGAGCCCUUCUACCAGCUGUCCAAGGAAGGCGGCGCGCUGGCGGCCGAGUCGUUCAACGUCGACUACCUCACGCAGUUCAACCUGUUCCGGCCCUUGCGCGCCCUGCACCACCGCCACCACGCCGUGGCCGUGUCGUCGGUCGCCAGCCUGCUCGCCAACACGCUGGUGCCCACGCUGGGCGCCGCCAGCCUCGUCCUCUCGCCCGACCGCGACACGCGCCUGCAGUUCCCGCACGCCGAGAAGCACAUCCUGCUCCACCACGUCUGGGCGCGCCUGCUUACCGCCACCUUUGCCGUCAUCGCCGCCCUGGCCUGCGUCCUCUUCUACCAGCUGCAGACCCGCCGCUCCGGCCUGCUCGCCGACGUCAAGGGCAUCGCGGGGCUCGCCGCCAUGGCCACCGUCAGCCACAUCCUGAUGGACUUCAAGGACAUGGACGUCGCCACCCACCAGGACAUCCACCACAAGCUUAAGUCGCGCCGCUACGUGCUCCGCAACUCGUCGCUCGCGCCCUCGGAGGACUCGUCUUCCUCUUCCUCUUCCUUUUCCUCUUCUUCCUCUACCAAAGAAGACAAUGAAGGAAGAGAGGAAACCAACAACAACAACAACAACAACAACAACAACGGCCUCUCCGCCAACCCGCAGCCCUUGAUGCUCCGCCCGCUCGGCGCCGUCCCGCUGCUCCUCUCCAUCGUCCUAUUCACCGCCCUGCUGCCAACGGUACUCUUCACCCCGGCCACGGCACUGACCGACCGCGCCCCCUGGGCCAUCACGGCCCUGGCCGUCGUCAUCAAGCUCUCGUGGGGCGCGCUCGAGACCGACGUGCGCCUGAUGGAGCCCUAUUACAUCCUCUCGAGGCGGCACGCGCCCGCGAGCGUCCUGUGUCUGGACUACAAGGCCGAUCCGUUCGGCUGGCUGGUCUUGAAGGCCGGCAUCAACAAGCAUUGGCUGGUGUUUUGUGUCGGGCUGGGCACGGUCGUGAGCGAGGUGCUGACGGUGCUGGUGACUAGCUUGGCGACGGUUGAAGGGAGGGUGUUUAUUGCUAUGCUGCAACAGCAGGAGCAGCAGCAGCAACAACAAGGGGCCAACACACAAAUACAGAAUGGUACUGGUGGUGGUAUUGGUAGUAGGGAGGGACAAGGGGAACAUAUCAACGCCGGGCAGGAAACAGUCCCCAGCUUCUGGGUGUCCCUGGCCCUGGCCAUGGUAAUACUCGUCUACAUGGGCGUUGUGGCCGGCGUAGUCUUCGUGCGCCGCGGCGGCGGGCCGACCUCCUCCUUCUUCCGGCUGCCGCGCCAGCCCAACACCAUCGCUAGCGUGCUGGCAUACAUCCACCAGAGCAAGAUGCUGUACGACUUUGUCGGCACCGCCAAGCUGGGCCACGCAGACAUGGUCGCGCGCCUGGACGAGCUGGGCCGGACCAAGACCUACGGCCUGGGCUGGUUCCGGGGCCGCGACGGGCAGAGCCACUGCGGUGUCGACGAGGAGGAGCUGCUCAGUGGCUACAAAGUCGGGUAUGACUACUCCAGGGCGACGAAGCCGUGGGAGGAGGCCGAGGUUAAUUGGCUUUGAGCGUUUAUCAUUUGGUAGAUGAAUUAGUUAUGCAGUAGGCGUUAGAGGGGUCGGUUGGGUAGAUGGAUGCAUGCAUGCAUCUGUUGGCGUAACGGACGGACUUGUUAUUUUUUUAUUAUAUAUAUCUU